GACAAAGCCAUAGGGCUACCGAUUUUUUUUCCACCGCCUCGUCUCUCUUUGGUGCUAUAACAUAACGGUGAUAAGAGAGAGAGAGAGAGAGAGGGAUUUCGUUAUUAUUUGGGGAGAUUGAGGGAUUGAUACAGCGAGAGAGAGGGAAGAGAAAGGGGAAAAAUGAGAGAGAUCAUCAGCAUUCACAUUGGACAAGCGGGGAUUCAGGUCGGGAAUUCUUGCUGGGAAUUGUAUUGCCUCGAGCAUGAAAUUCAACCCGAUGGGAUGAUGCCUAGUGACACUUCAGUAGGUGUUGCACAUGAUGCUUUUAAUACCUUCUUCAGUGAGACUGGUGCUGGAAAGCAUGUGCCUAGAGCUAUAUUUGUUGAUCUGGAACCCACAGUCAUUGAUGAAGUUAGGACUGGGGCCUACAGACAACUUUUUCAUCCAGAGCAACUUAUUUCUGGCAAGGAAGAUGCUGCUAAUAACUUUGCAAGAGGGCAUUAUACUGUGGGGAAAGAGAUCGUAGAUCUUUGCCUCGACAGGGUAAGGAAACUAGCCGACAACUGCACCGGUUUGCAAGGUUUUUUGGUAUUUAAUGCUGUUGGUGGUGGCACUGGUUCUGGUUUGGGCUCUUUGCUCUUGGAACGUUUAUCAGUGGAUUAUGGGAAGAAAUCAAAGCUUGGAUUCACCAUAUAUCCUUCACCUCAGGUUUCUACAGCAGUUGUGGAGCCCUACAAUAGUGUGCUUUCCACUCAUUCCCUUCUUGAACACACAGAUGUGGCUGUUCUUUUGGACAAUGAGGCUAUUUAUGACAUCUGCCGCAGAGCCUUGGAUAUUGAGAGGCCAACCUACACCAACUUGAACCGCUUGAUAUCUCAGAUAAUUUCUUCUUUAACUACUUCCUUGAGGUUUGACGGAGCCAUCAACGUUGACAUUACAGAGUUCCAGACGAACCUUGUACCAUAUCCAAGGAUCCAUUUUAUGCUUUCAUCAUAUGCCCCUGUUAUCUCAGCUGAGAAAGCAUACCAUGAGCAGCUUUCAGUUCCUGAGAUCACAAAUGCAGUCUUUGAACCAUCAAGCAUGAUGGCCAAGUGUGACCCAAGGCAUGGGAAAUACAUGGCCUGCUGUUUGAUGUAUCGGGGAGAUGUCGUUCCCAAGGAUGUCAAUGCUGCAGUUGCAACCAUCAAGACCAAGAGGACUGUUCAAUUUGUUGACUGGUGUCCAACCGGCUUCAAGUGUGGGAUCAACUAUCAGCCUCCAACAGUGGUCCCUGGGGGUGAUCUGGCCAGGGUACAGCGUGCUGUGUGCAUGAUCAGCAACAAUACCGCAGUGGCGGAGGUGUUUUCACGGAUUGACCACAAAUUUGAUCUCAUGUAUGCCAAGCGGGCAUUUGUUCAUUGGUACGUUGGUGAAGGUAUGGAAGAAGGGGAGUUCUCAGAAGCCCGUGAGGAUUUGGCUGCUCUUGAGAAAGAUUACGAGGAAGUUGGGGCAGAGGGUGUCGAUGACGAAGAGGAAGGUGAAGAUUAUUAAAACGGUUUUCUUUUUCAAAGCAUUCAACCACAACCUAUCUGGUCUUCUAUUUUUCUUGUUUAUCUCUCUGUGUAUUAUCUUUUCAUGCUUAUAAAUCUUUUUGAAUGUCUUGAUCUGUGGUUCUAAUGGUUUGGGGCUGCAGUGAUUUCUGCGAAUUCAUUUGUCAAUUGCAUCAUUUCCCUUCAAUUUUGUGGCCUUCUUUUUUUUUUUUUCUUAUUUUUUCACUGGGUUGUUUAUGUUAUUAUGGAAGCAUCCUUGUAUGGAUAAAUAGAAUGUUUAGAUCUUAGAGGA